GCUAGAAAAACAGUCUUACGUUUGAGCCAAUGGAGCGAAGAAUCUGACGGGGUACAUAUGUGAAUUAUACUUCUGAGUAAUUAGAUGUAAUUUGCCAAACUUAUUUUAGAUGUUGUUGAGGUAAAUUAAUUGCUAAAGUUGCGGUUGCGACUCACGGGGUGCUAACUUGUGGGAUUAGUUUGCAUGCAGCCCGACAGCGGAGGCUGACUGCGGUGGGAUGGGCUGUGAGGUGUUCAAGAUGGCGGCGCCCUGUGGAGUGCAGCUACUCUAACAGCGGUGCCUGGAGACUGUAUCGGAGGGUGGCCCCAGGAGUCCUCCAGGCAGGCGGGCAGGGAAGGACACCGUGAGAGAGACGCUGCCUCCACCUCCAGCACUGCCACCACCAUGGCCAGGGAGCAGCCCAAUGUGGGGGACCUCCUCCCGCUCCUGGAGACCUCCGACCUCCACCAGCUAGAAGAGAUCAGAGGCCUUAUCAACGAGCAGCUCAGCACUGAGCGAGGGUCCAUGUUGCUGAAUGGGCUGGUGGACUACUUCUUGGAGACAAACUCUGCCCAGGCCAUGCAUAUCCUCUCCUCAGUCAGAGAGCCACAUGAUAAGCACCUUCUGGACAAGAUGAACGAGUGUAUGACCAAACAGGCCUGCCGACUGCCCACCCUCACCCUGCUUGGCCAUGUAAUCCGCAAGCAGCCGUCCUGGAUCCACAAGAUUGCUCGAUACCCUCUGCUGCUCUCACUGCUCAAAUGCCUAAAGACGGAUACAGACGUAGUGGUGUUGAUAACUGGAGUGCUCGUGCUGAUCACUCUGCUACCCAUGAUCCCUCAAGCUGGGAAACAACACCUGUGGGAGUAUUUCGACAUCUUUGGCCGCCUGGCGUCCUGGAAUCUCAAGAACCCUGGUAGGAUUCAGGAGGUUUAUCUAAUCCACCUGCACGCCAGCGUCUAUUCACUCUUCCACCGCCUCUACGGCAUGUACCCGUGCAACUUUGUGUCCUAUCUACGAUCCCACUACAGCAUGAAGGAGAACAUGGAAACGUUUGAGGAAGUAGUAAAGCCGAUGCUUGAACACGUUCGUAUACAUCCUGAACUGGUGACGGGAACAAAGGACCAUGAGCUUGAUCCCACAAGGUGGAAAAAGUAUGAAAUCCAUGAUAUCGUCAUCGAAUGUGCCAAAGUGUCUCUAGACCCCAAGGAGGCCUCCUGUGAGGAGGGUUACGCCACCAUGCCUGAGAACUUUUACCCCCAAGUCCACAUGCGACCACAAGACUGCACUUCCAGCCCCUACACAGACCUCCACAGCAGCUACGGAAGCUCUUCUUCGACCCCGUUCUCCACUCCACGGCAGCCGCUGCCCCCGCCCCUGUCCUUGCCCCCCUUCUCAGGGACACAGUCCUCCUACCGCAGCCCACAGACCUCCAGACGCCAGAACUCCACCUGUGAACUCAACUCUUCCUGCGGGGGGAAGGACCCUCUGUGGAGCCCCUCCUCAUUGUGUGGCAUGGCCACGCCCCCAUCCUCCAGGGGCAUGUCGCCCAAUUUAGAGCUCUCCCACAGUGCCUCACACCUUCCCAGCCGCUUCCACUGCACAUCAGGAGGGAAAGGAACGCCUGCCUCCAGCACUCCAGCCACCUCCUCCCCACCUCCUACACUAUCAGAUGACUUCCCCAUAAUCUCCUUACCAGCCAACACAGUCCAGUCCAGUCCACCAAGAAAGGAUCGCCGACAAGGAGAGAGCAGUAAACCUGCGCUGGUGAGACAGGAGCCAGUGAAAGACACAGAGAAGAGUUCAGAAGUAACCACAAACAGAGAUGCAGGAGCUGCUGAGAAUGUCUCCAUGACUUUGACAGAGCUGUCGGUCUUCAUGAAGAAACAGGAGCUGGAGCUUCAGUUUAGAACAGAGAAGGAGAGGGAAGAGGCUGCCAUCACAGAGGAGCUGCUGAAGAUCACUGAAGAUACGCAGGAGCUGCCGGGUCUGAGGGGCUUUGAUUCCCCUUUCUACCACACCACUGAGACUCUGACUGGCUGUCAGGCACAAGACAAGACCCUCUCCAACACCCAGCCUGGCCCCGUCCGGGACACCCACCAUGUUGUGUCAACACCAGACAAAGCGGAGACAACUGCGAGUACUAGCGGUGUUGGCAGCGAAAGAGGAGGGGGAGGAGCAGGGGGAGACAGCAGGAAUUCAGCCCUUGGCCUCGAGCAGUCCUGGCCCUUCCAGUCAGGUUUCACCCCGAUCGAUCACCACCUGCACCGGAGCCCCUCCGCCCCUGACGAUGAGGUGGGCAAGUUGGGAAUGUUCUCCCCAAGCCCCUGCAGCAAGACCCCAGCCCCGGUACCCUACGAGUCGUUUUUCGACCUGGCCCUGCCCAGGGCGGCCUCACUUUUUGUAGGGCAGAAGACGUCGGAGGCGGUGCACAAGGUGGCGAUGGAGAGGUUGUUGCAGCAAGAGGAAGGGUUGGAGGACGGGGAGGAGGAAGGGGUAGUGUCUGCUUCACCACUGGAGGUGCUGGAUCGCCUUGUUCAGCAGGGGAGCGACGCCCACGAUAAAGUUUUGAAGAGAUUACCUUUGCCAAGUAAGUCAGCUGACUGGACGCACUUUGGAGGCUCAGCUCCGCUGGACGAGCUUCACACGCUGCGCAGCCAGCUGCUCCUGCUGCACAACCAGCUGCUGUACGAGCGCUACAAGAGGGAGCAGCACGCCGUCCGCAACCGACGCCUCCUCCGACGCAUCAUCAACGCCACUGCGCUGGAGGAACAGAACAAUGCUAUGAAGGACCAGCUGAACCUGCAGAGUGUGGACAUCUUGUCUCUGAGGGAGAGUCUGCAGGUGGAGCAGCAGCGGUACAGGCAGCUGUGGGAUGACCGGGAGACAGUGGUGACCAGGCUGCACAGUCAGAUCAGACAGCUGCAGCAGGGUCGAGACGACUACUACACCAAGAACCAGGAGCUCCAGAGUAAGUUGCAGGAGUGUCAGAAGAGGAUGGAUGAGCUGGAGGCAGAGCUUCAGAGGGCCAAUAACAAAGUCUGCCACACUGGUCACCUCCUCAACCAGAUGACCGUCAAGCUGAGCAACAGUGAGAGCACCCAGCAGCAGAUGAGCUUCCUGAACAAGCAGCUGCUGCUCCUCGGGGAGGCACAUAAGCUGUCCAUGCAGGAGUUACACCACACAGGCACCGAUAAUACAAAGGAGGCCCAGAUGCUGCAGGUGUCUUAUGCGAAAGAGGUGGAGACGCUGAGGCAGAGUUUGCUGGUUCAGGGUCAGAAACUGGACGCGGCGCAGCAGAGAGUCGCUGAGCUGGAGACGCACCUCUCCAAGAAGGAACACCUCAUUGCCGAGCAGAAAAAGUUCCUUGAGGAUGUAAAAUGUCAAGCAAAGGCGGAGCUGCAGGCCUCAGACAGCAGGUAUCAGGCUCAGAGGAGAAUCACUCAGCUGCUGCAGACUGAACUCCUGCAGCUGUACAGCAGAGUGGAGAUGGAGGCACCAGCCAGCACUGCCACCAGCUCACCACCAGGGGGCAGAGCUGACCCACACACUCUUGCUGAUUCCAGUGUCAUGGUGCCAGAUGGACCAAGUAAAGCUCACACCAACGAAGAAGCGGCCAGUAGACCAUCGCACGACUCCGCUCGGGGCAAUGGCAGCACUUUAUCGCCAGGGCAACCAAAGGCGAGCAACUCUUCCAAGUCAACAGCCAACUCCAUCAACGGCAGCCAGGACCUGGCCCCGCCCCUGCUGGUUGAGCCCUCCCCCUCCUGUCCCCACGUCAACCCGCUCGCACCCCUGCCCCCCUCUGACGCGCCCCUCACUGUAGGCUCCUACCCCAGUGCCAAGAGCUUCCUGGGCAUGAGGGCGCGCGAGUUGUUCCGCAACAAGAGCGAGAGCCAGUGCGACGAGGAGCAACCACCGCCACGCCUUGCUGGCCUCGCCCACGGCCUGAAGACUGAGCUUUGUGUGGAGCCACCCUGCCCGGGUUAUAUUGUCCCCGUCAGCCCUGCACCUUCACCUAUUCCGACUCCAGCCCCUGCCCCCACCCCUGCCGCUGCCACUCCUCUCACUGUGCCCACCAAGGAGCCCCCAUCUGAGCCCAAGCACCGGGCCUCCAGCCAGGAAAGCCCCCGCAGGAAGGCAGGAGCGGGGCCCGGUGGAGGGCGGGGUCAGGGAGGGUCGGCGCGCCCCCGGCAGCAGCAUCUAAAGAUCAUGGACUAUAACGAAACACAUCAUGAGCACAGUUAAGAGACACAGAACUGAGCCGGGAUGGAGGGCGAGGGCGAGGGCGAGGGUGAGGAGAGACUGAAGUUUGACGGAGAAGAGCUACAAAUCAGCAAAAGAGUAACAUGUCAGCAACUCUUUGGAAUUCAGUGUUAUUUGUUCCAUUCCUCUGAGUGGACAACAGGAUUUCCCCACAUUUUUCUAGUUUGUUCUAGUUUUUUCAUUCAUCUCCAACAUCAUGGAGGUGAAAUAAAUUUUGUUUGUGGUGCUCUCAGCAAUGAAACAUUUCAUUUGUAAAAGCUCAGCAGCAACUUGUCUUUCUAGAAACAGCUUCCUAGUUACUUUGUAAUUCUCAGACCUCACAGUGAACAAUUUUCACUGUAGAAGUACUCUUUAAUGAAGAAAUACAGGUUUGAAAAAGGUUCACAACAAGGUCUAUGGAUUAUCCAGAGUAAUCGGGGCAUUGUUAGUGUAAAGACAAGCUGCUGUUAAAAAUGUUAGAUAUCAUUUUUUAAUGCUGUGAGGGCUACAAAUGAACUUUCAUUCACCUCUAUUAUAAUGGUGUUGGAGGCAGAAACCUCAGAGAGGUGUCUCAAAAAUGGGACGAAUAAAACCUAAAUCAUCUGCUGUAGUUGAUACCACUUGGCAUAAGUGAACUGACCAUUUCAGAAAUUUAAAAGGCACCGUCUCAAAUCUAAUCAGACAUUAAAACACUAGGAGAACAGGAGAUUGUUACAUUUGUGCUUUGGCAAUGACAAUGUACCAAAAUCAUUAUUCUUUUUUUUAAUUCAUGUUGAACGAGUGAUACAUCAAAGCGAUGGAAGUGAUCAGUAUGUAGAGAUGUUUGGGUUAUUCUAAGGAAACCUUGGAGUGUGACUUAAGUGUUGGCUGGACUGAAUUGGAAGACGUAACAUUUCCAUACAAAACUCCCUUGAGUUUUUGUCCAAAAUAUGUCAGAGGGCGAAUGUGUUUUGUUUGCGAGUGUGCAAGGGUGUAGGUGAAGUUAAUUCUUGUAUUUCAGUAAGGACGCAAUGAGGAAAGUGUAUUACAUUUAGGAACUAAUGAAAUUUUAUGCCUUUUUAUAAAUUCAACAUUCCGUUGUACCUUUACUUAUAAUUAAGCUAUGAAGUGUGCUCACAAGUACAUAUCCCAAAUUUGAAUCAGACCUGGCAUGUGACACAAGCCCAAUCUACAAAAAUCAACUUUUUUUUUUUUUUUGUUAAAGACAACCAGCUGACCAUUUUGGAAGUGCCAUGAAAAGAUUUGUGGUCUGGCUGAAUUCAGAUAUCUCUAAACAGAAGUGCUGUUUCUCAUGCUGUGCUCAGCUGUUACGUACAACGUGGGAAACUGAAUAUCCAAUAGGUUUUCCAUCCUGCAGAUCUGAUAAAACAUGGAGUUACCUCCUUUCUUCCAAGUAUUAGGAGUAAAACGCUGCUUUUGAAAGUCAUCUAAAUCCUGUUGUCCACCGGGAACUCCUGCUGUCAUUUCCUUCUGCCUCGCUAUCUAAAGCAUGUUCAACAAUCCACUUUAAAUGCCAACCGUAGUAACUACAGCAAACCAAGACAGAAGGUACAAUCAGCACAAACUGAAGCAACCAGGACUCUGACCAGGAGCUGGAGAAUCUGGGACAAAAUGACAAAAAAGGAAGUUCUUAAAGCAGUGGCUUGUGUUUAACUGUGAACAAUAAAGAUCGUCUUCAAUGUUUUGCACUACAA